AUGUGCAGAAUGCCCAGAAUCAAGAUUCUACUGUUUCUGGUCUUGUUUUCUUGUUUCUGUACCUCCAUUAAAGCAUCAGUAUCUUAUGAUGAUAAAUCCAUCAUCAUCAAUGGCAGAAGAAGAAUUCUUAUGUCUGGUUCUAUUCAUUACCCAAGAAGCACCCCUCAGAUGUGGCCUGAUCUUAUAAAAAAAGCUAAGGAUGGAGGGUUAGAUGUUAUACAAACAUACGUAUUUUGGAAUGGGCAUGAGCCAUCUCCUGGGAAGUACAAUUUUGAGGGAAGGUAUGAUUUGGUCAAGUUCAUAAAACUUAUACAAGAAGCAGGUCUCUAUGUUAAUCUACGUAUCGGCCCUUACGUUUGUGCCGAGUGGAAUUUUGGGGGAUUCCCAGUUUGGCUUAAAUAUGUACCUGGAAUGUCUUUCAGAACAGACAAUGGACCUUUUAAGGCUGCAAUGCAAAGAUUUACAGAGAAAAUAGUCAGCAUGAUGAAGUCAGAGGAACUGUAUGAACCUCAAGGAGGUCCAAUUAUCAUGUCUCAGAUAGAAAACGAGUAUGGACCAGUUGAAUGGGAUAUAGGUGCCCCUGGAAAAGCUUACUCUAAAUGGGCGGCACAAAUGGCCGACGGUCUCAAGACUGGUGUCCCGUGGAUCAUGUGCAAACAAGAAGAUGCCCCUGAUCCAAUGAUCGACACAUGCAAUGGAUUCUACUGUGAAAAAUUCACUCCUAACAAGCCAUACAAGCCUAAGAUGUUUACAGAGCUUUGGACUGGCUGGUUCACGGAAUUCGGUGGCCCGAUUCCUACUAGACCGGUAGAAGAUAUAGCAUAUUCAGUUGCAAGAUUCAUACAGAAUAAUGGUUCUUUCGUCAACUAUUAUAUGUACCACGGAGGAACAAAUUUCGGCCGCACAGCAGGUGGUCUUUUCAUCACAACCAGUUAUGAUUACGAUGCUCCUAUUGAUGAAUAUGGAUUACUAAAUGAACCCAAAUGGGGGCAUCUAAAGAAUUUACAUACUGCCAUAAAACUAGUUGAGCCAGCUUUAGUUUCAGCUUAUCCUACUGUUACCUAUCCUGGAAAGAACCAAGAGAUACAUGUAUUUCAACCAAAGUCUGGGGGUUGCGCUGCAUUCCUCUCAAACUAUGAUCCGCAAUCUUCAGCAAAAAUGACCUUUGGAAAUGCACAAUAUGACCUCCCUCCUUGGUCCAUUAGCAUUCUCCACGACUGCAACGACGAAGUUUUCAACACUGCAAAGGUUAAUGCUCCUAGCACACAAAAAAAGAUGACCCCUGUUGGAUCCUUCGAUUGGCAAUCAUACAAUGAAGAAGCUCCAUCUUCUGAUGGAAGUGAUACUCUUUCAAUGGCAGGGUUGUAUGAACAACUGAAUGUUACUAGAGAUGCCUCCGACUACUUGUGGUACCUUGCAGAAGUGAACAUAUCACCCAAUGAAGAGUUUUUGAAGAAUGGACAGUUCCCUGUGCUCACGGUUAUGUCCGCAGGGCAUGCUUUGCAUGUCUUCAUCAACAAUCAACUGUCAGGAACUGUCUGGGGAUCGCUGAAAUAUCCCAAAUUAACGUUCAGUAACAGUGUAAAGUUGAGAGCGGGUGUCAACAAGAUCUCUUUGCUGAGUGUUUCUGUGGGCCUCGCGAAUGUUGGCACACACUUUGAAACCUACAACGUGGGGAUUCUAGGUCCAAUCACCUUGAAGGGUCUAAAUGAGGGUGCACGAGACUUGACAAAGCAACGAUGGUCUUAUAAGGUUGGUUUAAAAGGUGAAACUAUGAGUCUCCAUACUCUUGAUGGAAGUUCAUCUGUAGAGUGGCUACAAGGAUCCUUAGUGGCUCAAAGUCAGCCUCUUACUUGGUACAAGACUACCUUCAACGCUCCAGCUGGAAACGAACCACUAGCUUUAGAUAUGAAUGGCAUGGGAAAAGGUCAAAUAUGGAUUAAUGGAGAGGGCCUCGGGAGACACUGGCCUGGAAACAAAGCACGUGGUAACUGUGAUAAAUGCAGUUACACUGGGAUAUAUAACGAGAACAAAUGCAAUCGCUAUUGUGGAGACCCAUCUCAAAGAUGGUAUCAUGUUCCUCGCUCAUGGUUGAGACCGAGCGGUAACUUCUUGGUUAUUUUUGAGGAAUGGGGAGGCAACCCAGAUUGGAUCACUUUGGUCAAAAGAACAACUUAACAAACUAGCAGCUAAAGUAUAACACCUUAGAGAAUAAACAAUUCUCUGCAGUCAAGUCAUCUUCGCAGAUGACAACUGCUCAAACCUUUGGUGAAGUUCAUACGUUUGGUACAUACACGUAAAAAGAUGAAAGAAGAAAAUAAUGCUAUGGUUACUAUGUGCAGUGGAAUUGUAAAGGCAUAUCACUAGGCACUCGGCCAGUUACAGAACAGUCUAGUUGUAUUUGUUUGUAUGCACACAGGAAGUAUUGUAUUGUAAGAAGUUUAUUUUGUAUAUCACAAGAUUCAACAGUCUAUUCUAUUGUCUACAUACUGCAUC